AAGAAUUUUAAAAAAUUAGAUUUAAAUCACUAGCUUGUCUCUUUUUUUAACUUAAACCCAUCCCGCCUCUCUCUGAGGUUUAUCCUCUCCUUUGUAACCAGUAAAUAGCACAGCUCUUACCUGUAUAUUAUUUCUCUAAAUUUGGACAUGAUAUGUCCAUACAUGCCAUUGUGUUUGGGAUGUCAAUAUUCUGUAAGGUGGGUGCAAGGUAUAGACGAACAGUGAAGGGUCAAGACUGCAGGAAGACAAGUCAGGAGACUCUUGGGAGUCACUCAGAUCAAAUGAGGGCCAGAACUGGAGUGCGGCGCUAUGCCUGGAUGGGGAGAAGUGUGAAGCUGUGAGUGAGAGAGCAGUUUUUCCAACUUAAGAUAUUACUAGAAGAAACAUAGGAGUUUUCAAGUCCAAAGUCCAGAGAGCAUAAUUAGCUUGUCUGAAGUUGCAUGCUUAAGUACCAAUGCAAGGAGACUAGAUCUCAAUGAUCGUCCCACUGCUUCACACCAUUCCUAUUGUAUUUAUUUAUUCUCAUGGUCUUGCACUUAAAAAUAUAUUUAUUUCUGAAAUCAGAAUACAACUUACAUCUGAUGACAUGUCAGUUUACUUGGCAACUCUUUUUCUUGGUGUGGAAUACAUUUAAAUAUGGUGCAUCUUAUAACUGACAGGAUAUUAAAUUUGAUGAAAUACAGUAAUCUGGAUGUUCAUGUCCUUUCUCUUGGAAGCCCUCUGGUGCUAUUUGUGAUGUUUAAAGGAAAUCAGCAUCUUAAUCUUCAAAGCAAUUCCGUGUGACGUAUCUCGAGGGGUCUUCACAAUCGCCCUCUGGGGGUGGCAGGGCAGGUACGAUAGACGACGCAGGCUCUCUCCACCUUGGAGCAGCGCGGACUCCCCUUCGACUUCCAGACCAGCUCACACACCCCGUUCUGUAGGCCACAUCCUAAGAAACCGGCUCUGAUUCCAGGCUUUCUCUGGUGGGAAAAGGUUUUCACCUUCGAAGCGAGAUACCAUUCUGGAUCCUUUCUCCAAAGGGCAGCAGCUUCCUGACCCGGGCAAGGGAGGACUGAGGAAGCGCCUGCUUUUAACUUUGAUUUCCUGACAGGAUGGGUUCAAGUUCGUGCUGAUGAUGCAGUGGCAGAGCAGGCAGGUGAAGGUCGCGAAGGCCACUCAGCCCUCCGUGCCCUGGGGGCGGAGUCAACUCCCUGGGCCCGCCUCCUUCCUGGUGAGGCCGGGCAUCUCGCCUCUGAUUCCAUCACUGCGGCUCACUAGGCCAGCCGCCCCGCUCACCCCUGGUCUUUGCGCCAUAAUCGCCACCUCCGGUUUACAGCCCGGCCCCUCGGCUUGGUGCAGGCCCCGCCCCUUCCCAUCUGCGGGGCGGCCGGAGGGGCCCGAGCAAGAUGGCGGUGAACCAGAGCCACACGGAAAACCGCCGCAAGGCCUACAUCCCUUACGGCGAGAGUAUCUUGAAUCAGUGUAAUGAUGUGGACCUCUCCUUCCCAGAGCAUCCAUCAGGAUCCAGUCUCUUUCAUGGCACAAAGAGGGGAACGCUGCUUCUCACUUCAUACCGGGUGAUCUUCAUGACGUCACAUUCCAUCAGUGAUCCCAUGCUUUCUUUUAUGAUGCCAUUUGAUCUGAUGAGUAACUGUUCCCUCGAACAGCCACUCUUUGCCCCCAUCUACAUUCAAGGAACUGUUCAGGCGGCUCCAGAUGGUGGCUGGGAAGGACAGGCUACUUUUAAGUUAUCCUUCAGAAAAGGAGGUGCCAUCAAAUUUUUCCAGUUGAUGAUGAAAGCUGCCUCUGCUGCUGCCCAGGGAGCUCCACUUCAAAGUAUAACUUGCUGGUUUGGUGUUCCAGGACUGUUGAUAGUUAGUGAGCAGGGGAGCAUGACGUGCCACCAACAAAGGUCUAAUCCAGUUGUUGUUCAUGGGUCCCAACCUGUGAUAUAUGGACCCCCACCACAAGGAUAUGGAGUUCCACCAGCGAGAUACGCACCUCCACCAGCGGGAUAUGCACCUCCACCAGCGAGAUACGCACCUCCACCAACGGGAUAUGCACCUCCACCAGCGGGAUAUGCACCCCCACCAGCGGGAUAUGCACCUCCACCAGCGAGAUACGCACCUCCACCAACGGGAUAUGCACCCCCACCAGCGGGAUAUGCACCCCCACCAGCGGGAUACGCACCCCCACCAGCGGGAUAUGAAGCCCCACCUCCGGGAUACGCACCCCCACCAGCGGGAUACGCACUCCCACCAGCGGGAUAUGAAGCCCCACCCCCGGGAUAUGAAGCCCCACCUCCGGGAUAUGAAGCCCCUCCUCUGGGAUAUGAAGCUCCACCUUCUGGAAAUAGAACUGGGUCUCACAGUUUUGUGGCAGCCCAGCCUGAUGGAUAUGCUGCUUCUCUUCCUUCCACCUCAUCUCCUCAGCACCAUUCACCACCUUCUAAGAACUAAACCCUGAAGAUUCACCAACUGAAGUGGCACCCUAAAACUGAAAUCUGGAUAAGAAGGAGGACUCAUGUAUGUGUUUAAAGGCCUUUCUCAAGUAGUAGUCCCACCCUCUGGAAGGGCAGUCUUAGGGGGGAAAUGAAGCUUUACUUCCAUGCCUAGAUUUUAGAAGCAAAGUCAACUCUUGAUUAUGUGCUAAAGGAAAAGUAGACUGGUAUGGCUAAUUCCCUAAUAAUUUGGUUGAUAUUGGGCUGCAGUUUUUAAAAAUAUGUUUUUGUUGAUUUUAGAGAGGAAGAGAGAAGGAGGGAGAGAGAGAGAAGCAUCGAUUGCCUCCAGUAUGCACCCAGACCAAGAAGUGAACCAAUGACCUUUCAGAACACAGGUCGAUGCUCAAUCAACUGAGUCACACUAGUCAGGGCUGAGCUGUAUUUUUAAAAAAUAUACUUUCUUAUUGAUUUCAGAUAG